AAGGGUGAGCUCAACGACGAUUGAAAGCAUCGAGCAACUCAACUACGAUGAUCUCCAACGUCUUCUGCCUCCUGUCUGCUCUCGUCGCCUGCGCUGCGGGAAUGGCCGUGCCCAACGCAGCCCCGUCUCCCUACGCAAACGCGACGGCGCCCGCCACCCCGACUGGCUACAGCUACGGCUUCCAGAACCUCACCUGCGCCGUGCAAAUCUCGCAGCCGGCCAAUGCGUACGAGACGUUCGCUCUGGUCGAUUCUGCGCAGGCCUGCGGUGACAUGUGCACGGCCCAGAGGGACUGUAUGAGUGCGAACUUCUACCACGACAAUGGAAGCGUCGUCCGUCCUUUCUCUCUCCCUCUCCGCCGAAAACACGGUACUGACGAUCAUCAGAAGAAAAACUCGACGCAGCUCACGUGCUCGCUGUACCGCGUUGUCGCGGGCCAGAAGGACGCCACCAACUGCGGCCACCAGCUGCAGUUGGGCAUGAACGGCAUGCAGAACUCGAUCACCUACAGCUACCUGCUCGUCAAGGGCACCCAGUAA